CCAUCUGUGCGUCCUUUGCGCACGGCGCGAGCGAUGUGAGCAAUGCGAUGGGGCCGUUCGCCGCCAUAUACUCCAUCUACCAGACGCAGACGGCGUCGGCGGUGAACUCCACGCCAAUUUGGAUCCUGUGCCUUGGUGGUGCCGGGCUCGUGCUUGGGCUUGCGACGUUCGGUGUGAGGCUUAUGAGGUUGCUCGGUGAGCGCAUCACGACGAUCACGCCGAGCCGCGGCUUUUCUGCGGAGCUCUCGACCGCGCUCGUUGUGUCGUUUGCCUCCGGCUACGGCGUGCCGAUCUCUUCAACGCACUGCAUCACCGGCGCCGUGGUUGCGAUCAGCAUGGUUGACGUUGGCUUCCUGAAGGUGCGCUGGAUCAUCGUCGCGAAGAUGUACGCCGGCUGGAUUAUGACUCUGGUCAUUUGCGGCGUGAUCUCCGCGCUCUUCUUCGCACAGGGGAUCUACUCCCCAAGCCGUGCCGAAUGA